CAGCAUUGGAGAGCGAUGCAUAUCUGACAUUUCUCUCUCAAACUCCCAGCAGCUCUGUUCUCAUCUGAAAGCAGCAGAGAGAAGAGAAGAGGCUUAACAAGGACUUAACCAUUUUAUGCUAGUCUACCAAAAACACCUGACCUGAGCUCACCUGCAGCAGUUUGACUUCACCUGAAACCAGCCUGAGUUUCUCGCUGCAAACAGGCCCAGCAGCCUGACCCAGCUCUCUGCUUUCUUAACAAAAAUCAAUCAAAAUCUAACCUGUCCCCAUGGAGCGUGUCCAGCACAUGACCAAGUCUGCCAUACGUCGAGCAUCCAUGAUCGAGGUGACUCCCCAGGCCAAGAGGAACCUGCAGGAACUCUUCGUCAACUUCACCCUCAUCCUCAUCUGCCUGCUGCUCAUCUACAUCAUCGUCCUGCUGAGCAGCUGAGGGCCACAGGAGCCUGACACCGUGCAACAUGGCAGAUCUCUGUGGACGAGGGUUGGGUUGAGAUCUAUUAAGCAAUAAUUUAUCAGCUCCAUUUUUACAGCUUAAUUCCUGACAGCUAUGAAGAACGAUCAUGUGGUCCAUGUGAAAACAAUAUCUGGCCAAACCCUGUUAAAAAAUGGGAGCUUCCCUGCCUCUUUUUCUUGAGGGAAUGAUCCAGCUUCAAUAGUUUAAACUUCCCUGAAACAUUUCAUGUAUUUUUAUGCUGCUCUUUCAGUCCCUGCUUACAUUAAUAAAGUGUUCAGGUUGAUUUAACCUCUUUAUUCAAGCCAUGUUGCAUUUCAGUGUCUCCUGCUUUAAGGGAAGUAUAUGUAAUAUUGCAUUACAAUGUAUGAAAAAAGACUAGACUUAUGUUAAAUAUUGUGUAGAGUUAUGAUAUAAUAACAGUAAACUCUAGAAAUCUCUAACUUGAAUCAAGGAGUUUCAUUUGCUCAACUUGUUAAUGUGUAAGCAGUCAUAAAGGACUAGUGUUAAGCCACAUAUACAAUAAUAUGCUACACUUUUGAAGACAUAAGACGUAUUUUAAUUUACAUUUUAACCAGAUAAAGGGUUUCAGUCAACAGGUGUCUGAAAAAUACCUUUAUGCACAUUUGGCACCCUGUAAACACUUCCUCUGGAACUUAUCUUUGAAAACAAAUUGAGCUAACGUUAGCAUUAGCUCGCAGCCACAUCCAGUCAAACCUUAUGAAGAAUGUGAAACUGCUUUAUUCAGAGUCUUUACUGGUUUUACUCACCGUUUCCACUUGUUUUGGAGAGGGUCUUUCUGGUUAAUUCGGAUUGUCGUAAAAAAAUAAAUAAAACACGCCUAAAUGUCUGCAUAUUUCGUAAACAGAGAACCAAGAUGAUAAUGUUAGCUUCUGAGCUAACGUUAGCUGUUAGCUCGCAGCCCCUACAUUCUAUGUAAGCCGAAUUGCGUUGGAAAAAUAAUGAGUUUAAACAUGAAACAGUUUUAUUUAGUGUUUUAACUGUUUUUCUCACAUUGUACAUUAUUUUCGAAGAGAAGUAGAGCACUGUGGCUAGUUCGCUCGACAUGAUAGUGUAAGCAUUGGAGUGAGAGUUCAUGUGUUUGAGCUGAGCAUGCGCAGUCUCAUUAGUUAUGGCUUCUACGUAGUUACCUACCUUACCUGCAUGUGUUCCUAAAGGUGCACAUGAACAUUUCUCUCAUUUAAUUCACUAUGUGAGUUAUGGACUACUUUGCUUGGUUUUUAAAGUGUGCAAAUAGAGAUUUGUAAACAUACGCUCACCACAAACAACCUGAUAAAGACCUUAUGAGUGUAUAAGUUGUUGCAGACUUCACUUAGCAUGGUGUGAUUUCACUUAAUGUUGUUAUUGAGGAAACAAGCAGUUCUUAUAUGUGUUUAAAGAUUGCAUCACCUGACUUUUAAACUGAAACGCUAAUGGUCAGUGAAAUUAAAGUGUUUUCUCUUUCUGGAA